GCGGUAGAAAAUUAAUAUGUAGCCUGCACCUGCACCUCGGAUCGAUCCGGCGAUUCUUAUAGUAUACCUGCACUUAAAAUUGCUGAUUUCCCUGAUAUAUUGACUCGCAACUAGUCAUCCAAAAGAUGGGAUCCCCCAUUCAACAGUUGCUUAGGUGCAGAAGGCGAGGAGGCAUCCUACCUGUUUUAACAGCUACUUGUAACAUGAGAACGGACUCUUGGAGAACUGUAUCUGCAUUAUCAUGGCAAGAAUGUCAAAGACAACUACCCUGUACUUCAGGGACAUCUAGUAAACAAGUGCAAUCAUCAUCAUUGUUGUCAUCAUUUGUAUGCUCAUCUACACGGGAGGUGUUAUCGAUGAGAAGCUUAUCAUCAUGUCGGUCUCGUGAAGGUUUAAGUUUUUUGUCAAACCAGCCUCGACGAAGUCCAUUCUGCAACCAUCUAUCGUGUGCAUUCAGUCACUCAAAGAGAGGGGAAGCUAGUGGUUUGCAGUGCAUCCCCAAAGCACACUCAACGAGAGGACUUCAAACAUGUGGCGGCGCCCUCUAUGCUGGUCAUAAUAAAUGGUCAAAGGUCAAACACAUCAAGGGUCCUAAGGAUCUUGAGAAGAGCAGACUGUUUACCAGGAUUGGUAUCCAGCUCAAGGUUGCAGUUAAAGAAGGGGGUCCCAAUCCAGAAACCAACACAUCUCUAGCCGCUCUAAUCGCUUUAGCCAAGUCAAAGUCCAUGCCAAAAACUACCAUUGACAGCAUGAUCAAGAAAGCUAGCACUAGUAAGCAAGGAGACUCCCAGCAGAUAUUUGAGGUGAGAGGACCGGCAAACUCUUCACUUCUUGUCACAGUCUUGACAGACAACGCAAAGAGAACAAGAGUAGAGUUAGCUCAACUUGCCAGCAAAAAUGGGGGUGUCUUUGGAGAGCAAGGCACAGCCAUGUUUGCGUUUGAGAAGAAAGGUGUUGUUCGGGUGCCUUGCGAACCUGAUGACCAAUCGUCGAUGAGUCUUGACGAAGCAGAGGAAGUGGCCAUAGACAGUGGAGCAGAAGAAGUAGCAGAUGGAACGGAUGAUGAUGGUCAAAAUGUGUUUAUGUUCAUCUGUGACCCUUCAGACCUUCGGUCAGUCAGAGAUGGCCUUGCUGGACGAUCACUUCCGAUCCAAUCUUCUGGACUAGAAUAUGUUCCUCAAACCACCAUAGCCCUUGGAGACUCCGAUCUUGAAGCAGUAGCUGCACUCAUAAAUGCCUUUGAAAGUCAUGAACAGGUCAUCAAGGUGUUUGACAAUGUCGUCAGCAAGGAUUAGAAUCUUCCGAACUAAGUAAAACCUCAAGGGUGCAAAGACUUGACGUGGUACCAUGACUCAUCAAGGCCUUUAAAACCUGUGAACAGGGCAUCAGAUUAUUUGAGAAUGUCAUCAGCAAGAAUUAAAGUAGGUCUUCUAAGCUGCCAUAGCCCUGGAUGACUCACAUCUUGAAGCAGUUACAACACUCAUUAAAUGCCUUUGAAAGCCAUGAGCAGGCCGUUAAUGUGUUUGAUAAUGUCAUCAGCAUUUAUUACAGUACAUCUACUAAACCACCCUAGCCUUCUUUGAUGUGGUAGCAACUGUCAUCAGUGUCAUUGAAAGCUAUGAAUAGGUCAUCGAGCAUUUGAGAAUGUCAUCAGCAGUGAUUAGAAUACAUCUUCUAAACCACUUAAGACCUCAAGGGUACAGUUACAGACCUUGAUGUGGUAGCAACUCUCAUCAAUGCCCUUGAAAACAAUAACAGGAUGUGAAAGAGAUGGAUUAGAAAGUAAUAUUGUGGACUCUGGUGUGAGGACCUGUACCAUUAUCAGAACACCAAGAAAACAAGAUGACAAAUUUUAGAUUUAAAGUGUGUCUAACUCUGGAGAGUAAGGAGAGUAGUGUUCAUGUUAAGCCCAGUGCACACUCUGCAAUCCGAUACCACACAAUUUUUUGAUAAAUUGCAUUAAAAGUGAAAGUUCCAAGAAGCAAAAUUUUAUUUGAAGUUCGGCAUUAUGUUAGGAAUAAUGAAAUCAUAAUUUUGAUUUGCAGCAAGCUCUGUGGUUGGAGUAAAGUCCAAAUUGGCUUCUAAUCGCAGCCGAUGAUUUUAAAUUACGAUUUGAAAUUGACUCUGCUUUUAUUCCUACAGGGAGGCCCGAAAUAGACUGAAUUUCUAUUUCAGUAGUCCUACCACUAUUCUGAACUCGGAUCCCUAAGAUUUUAUUAGUUGGAAUAAUCAUAUCAAAUCAUAUUACUAUUUCUUUGAAACUCAGAUCACAAGAGAUUGUAUAGUGUGUGCCAGGCUUAACACAGUUAAAGGUCAAGUCCACCCCAGAAAAAUGAUGAUUUGAAUAAAUAAAGAAAAAUCCAAUGAGAAAAAGGCUAAAAAUUUCAUCAAAAUCGGAUGUAAAAUAAGGAAGUUAUGACAUUUUUAAGUUUCGCUUAUUUUUCAUAAAACAGUUAUAUGCACAUCUCAGUGACAUGCAAAUGAGACAGUCGAUGAUGUCCAUCACUCACUAUUUCUUUUGUUUUUUAUUGUUUGAAUUAUACAAUAUUUCAUUUUUUACAGAUUUGACAAUAAGGACCAACUUGACUGACGUCAUCAGUCUUCUCAUUGGCAUACCGACCAGGAUGUACAUAUAACUGUUUUGUGAAAUUAAGCAAAACUUUAAAAUGUCAUAACUUUCUUAUUUUACAUCCGAUUUUGUUGAAAUUUUCAGUGUCAUGCUUGUUGGAUUAUUCUCUAUUUAUUAAAAUCAACUAGUGGUUGGGUGGACUUGUCCUUUAAGUCUGAAUCAGUCAACCUUUUCUAAGUCAAAUAAUCAUGCAAGUCAAAGCAAUUUUUUAGACCAGGGAUUUUUUCUUUAAAAUACAGCUUAUACAGUAUUAUGAAUCUUGGUAAUGCAAAACAUUUCAUUUUUCAGAUAGAUAAGUUUAUUCCAUGCAGUUGUAAACUGUAAAUACUGAAUUUUUCAUUCUUUUACACAUACUACAGAGAUUAAUUUGUCCAUGCGCAAUAGGAUCACCUAAAGAAAUUAAAAAAAAAAGUAAUUUUGAUCUUUCAACUAUUAACGUGAGACUGCAUUCCUGAUGACCUUGACUAAAUUUUGGCAAAAUUGUAGUUUAAAAAAAAGAGCAAUCCUGGUUGAAAAUAAUUUUUAUAAACAUAGCAAUAUUAGCUUAUUAUAUGCCGUUUAAAAUUAUUGAAAAGUCAAUUUGCCUUGCCAUAUUUAAUAUGAUCACAGUGCUAUGCUUGACUUUGUAAAAAGCAUUAUAUAUCUCCCCUUGGUAUUCGUUUAUCAACUAUCUAUGCUAACCCUCUGAAUGAAAAUCUAUCCCUCAUUAAUAACUGUAGAUUACCCUCUAAUUAUAACAAGUGGAGGUGCUGUCGUUGAGUGGUUUAAGAUAACUGACUGCACACAUGAAAGUCCAUGGUUCAAAGCCUUGCCACGGCAUUCGUGCCCCUGAGCAAGGUCUUUCACGUCUUCUUGUUGGCAAAGCGAAAGGUCGAUCCCAGACGUAAAUAAUCUUAUCUGAUUGAUACCUUGUCUGGGAAAUUCUGUAGACAUACACUUAUAUAUUGAAAUCAGAUUUCAAUAUGCAACCAUAUAAAGUAAACCAGUCAAGAGUAAUGAAAUUUAUUCUAAUUCUAUACUUUGUUUUUUGUAUGGAGGAGAUAUACUCCAUAAAGAACUCUGAUAAAAAUGGUACAAGUAUUUUACACAAUGCUAUGCUGUGUGUUAAGAAUGUGACAGAUUUAAAUAUAUUUUCUCAUUGAUGUGUAGAAAAAUGUUU